AUGUGUGGAGAAGAUGAGGGAGGGAGAGGGAAAGAAGGAGAGGAGGAGGAAGAAGAGGAAGAAGAGGAAGAAGGGAGAAAACAAAGAGUCUGCGCAAACGUUAGGGAUAGUUUGUACUUACCGGGGUUUGCGACGGACUUUUCAAGUUCCAAAAAUACUCACAGUAUUCUUCACAAGGUGAAGGAUGCACCCACCCCAAAUGGAGUCCGAAUUAGCCAGAUCGGAGCGGGAAGGGCUGGGUUCGCUUUCUUGAUCCGCAAAAACCAGCAGAUCGAAUUAUCCAAACGGCUUGCUACCCGUAUUCCCCGUUGCUUGAGAAAAAUGCAGAGUUGA